AUGGCGAGUGAAUGGCGAGCUAGUCCUCUUCUUCCACCAAGUUCCAAGCCCGCGACGUUGGUCCUGGACAUGGAUGGGACGUUGUUAUGGCCCUUGACUAGCGAUCGAUUGCAUAUAUCCAAGCGGCCAGGAGUGGAUCAGUUUCUAAAGGAUAUGGCGGACAUCUACGAGCUUGUGUUGUGGACUAGCGCUCCUAGUGACUACGCAGCCAACGCGUUGCGGCAGCUCCAGUGCAAAGGAUCCGAGUUCUCGCACUUACUAUCAAACAUGGACUUUGGAGCGGAUCUAACCAAGGACGUGACCAAGCUUGGUCGGGAUUUGAGCAAGGUGGUGCUGGUGGACGACGACCGGGAUUUGGUACCAGAUCAUGUUGUGGAUAACGCCAUUGUGAUCGAAAGCUAUGAGGGCGAUAACGAUGAUGACUGCCAGCUCUCUAACGUGGCCGAGAUCCUCCGGAAGCUUGCGGUUUCCAAAGACGUGAGAGGAGAACUCCGGAAGCUCAGGGACGACGGAGCUCUUGAUCACAUUGAAGUUUACAGCGACAGUGAUGAUGAUGUCUUGGAGCUCGAUCAUAACGAUGAUGAUUUUGACAAGUAG